CCAUGAAGAGGAGGAUGAAGACCAUUCCCAUUCUGACGCUGAUCCGAUCCGGAUGAGGGGCUCCGGAGGUCCUGUCGCUCUCUCGGGACGCCGGCCGGAGCCCCCGGUGUCUGAUCCGCCGUCCGGGGGGGCGUCGCUCCGCCGCAGGAAGGAGGACUUGCGCGUGGCUGCCCCUGGAAACCAGAAGGACCAGAAGGACGUGGGUUCGAGUCCUCGCGGAGAGGACGGAGGUGCGCUCAUGCCUGCGCGGAAACGCGGCAUCCUGCAGACGGGCUGCGCAGUCUGACUGCGGCUUGCGGACCACAGGUUGGACACACCUGGACCGCCGAAGACCCCCGACCCCCCCGCACCCCCCUCCACCGGGGACCCGUGGCGGAGCAGCGUGCUUGUGAAUUACGAACUGUUGAUGACUGGUGAGUGAUGACCGAUGACCGGUUCGCCGGACCGUCAUCCGUCCGUGCCGCUCUCCGUCCAGGGCACCAUGAGGGUCCGAUAGGCGUCUCCCACGCCGCCACCCUGUUUUACCGUGUUUCUGUGGAGCUGCUGCGCGGACAUGGCCGCGAUCGCGAGCUCCCUCAUCCGCCAGAAGCGUCAGGCGCGCGAGUCCAACAGCGACCGGGUGUCCACGUCCAAGCGGCGGCCGAGUCCGAGCAAAGACCCGCGUUCGCUGUGCGAGAGACACUUCCUGGGCGUCUUCGGCAAGGUGCGCUUCUGCAGCGGCAAGAAGAGGCCCGUGAGGCGGCGACCAGAUGUGCCGUCCAACUGCCAGGUGCAGGUGUCCCGUAGGGGCGUCAGGCUAGAACCACAGCUGAAAGGCAUCGUGACUCGACUGUUCAGCCAACAGGGCUUCUACCUGCAGAUGCAGCCAGACGGGACCAUCGACGGGACCAAGGACGAGAACAGCGACUACACCCUGUUCAACCUGAUCCCAGUGGGUCUGCGUGUCGUUGCCAUCCAGGGGGUGAAGGCCAACUUCUACAUCGCCAUGAACGGAGAGGGAUUCCUUUACAGCUCGGAAAUGUUCACUCCAGAGUGUAAGUUCAAGGAGUCCGUCUUUGAGAACUACUACGUGAUCUACUCAUCGACUGUGUACCGGCAGCAGGAGUCGGGCCGCGCCUGGUUCCUCGGCCUCACCAAGGAGGGCCAGGCCAUGAAGGGCAACCGCGUGAAGAAGACCAAACCCUCCUCCCAUUUCGUACCCAGACCCAUCGAAGUGUGUAUGUACAGGGAGCCCUCACUGCACGACAUUGAAGAGAAGCAGCGCUCCAGGAAGAGUUCUGGGACCCCCACCAUGAACGGGGGCAAAGCCCUGAACCAGAACUCCACAUAGCAGGGCUGGCCCUGGCCUGAGCUCUGCCCCCGGGCUCCGCCCUUCCCCACACGUCGUCCCGCACCGAGGAACAUGCAAAGAAAACAGAAACGGAAGUGAGAUACUUCAGACAGAAAGGGAAAGCGUUUCAAUCCAGGACAUGAAGUUACAUCAUAUCACGCAAAAGCCUGUGAUGCUGGGGAGUUUACCCUGCCUUUCGGUAUUUACCGCAUUCCUCCACGUCAUGCCACACCAGGAAUGCACGCUUUGCUCCAUGUUACCCGCUCACCUGUUCCUUCAUGACUUUACGAGUGCUUGGCCUUUUCUCAUGCUUGUCCGUGUUGCUUUUUUUCCGAAAAGGGUUGAAUUCUCGACUCCGCCCCUUUCCGCAUUCGUCCUUGGACCUUUGGUCUGCGGAUGAUCUCCUGGAGCUUCUGUGUCAUGCUCCGCACGCCUUGGGGGAAGUGGGGGUCAGUGUCUUUGCAGAACUCAGUGGUCCUGCAGGAGGCCACUUUCUGGGGGUGGGUGAGGGGCGCUCUCCAGCAUCCGGGAGGUGCUGCGUAGCGACGCGUCCCCUUGUCUCGCUGCUUCUGCUCAUCAGCCUCCACGUCUUCCGUCCAAUGCCAGCGGUGCCCGACGUCGCGCUCAGGGACACUGCAGUUGCCUGGAGCCUGGGGCAGUGAGGGGCCGCGCCGUGCAGCACGUCUCCAGCGUCCAGGGCCCGAGGAUGUCAAAGUGUUGAAAUGUGUCGUUGUGGGCCACGCCCCCUCGUGCCACGCCCUAUUGGGAUUUACCCGUUAGGACACACCCCUCCGGACACGCCCCUGAGGCUCACGUCUUCCGCUCGAACUGGGGAUGUGGGACCUGAGGCCCGGCAGAGGGAGGGUGGGAUUGUGCUCCUGGUCGACUCGGACUCCUCUACGCGUUUGCUGAAUGUUUGCACUUGAUAACACUGUGUGUGUUUUGGCAUUAUGGACCCGAAAUAUACAUAAAAGAAGCAUCAGAA